AUAACAUCAGCAGUCGAAUAUUGGUCGUCGUGCAUUAUGGAAGGUUACAUAUUGUCUUUAGUUGUUGCUGGAUUAAGUUUUUGUGGGGCUAAUCCUUUAGAUAAUGGGGAGAAUAGUGAAACAGCAAUACAAUGCAGUGUGAAUGAAGUGUUCUCAUCAUGCACCAACGGAGGCUGCGACGCCCGCAACUGCAGUCAGCUUGGCAAGCCGGUGCCGUGUGUCAAGCUGCGUGCUGACAGCUGCACCAAAGGAUGCGUGUGUAAACCGGGAUAUCUACGGGCGGCGAGCGGAAAGUGUGUGAACGAGACAGAAUGUCAUAAAGAACGCUGUACAGGCCCUCACGAGUACCACUCCUGCGGCGGCGCGUGCGACAACGUCUGCGCAACUUUGCACGAACAGAGCCAAAAGAACUGUCCAAUAAUCAACAUUAGAUGUAACGAUAUGUGUUACUGUGAUGAGGGGUAUGCGAGAGAUGCGACAGGCGUAUGUGUUCCCAUCGAAAACUGUUAACAAUAUAUAUAAAUGGCUAUCUAGGUACUUAAUACGCAACGUUACACGAGGGAAGUCAGAAGACUCCGAAGAAGUACCUAAUAAGAAACAGGAAGUAACUACAUACCUGUAUGUGUUUGAAGACGUCAUGACGUGUGCUAUCGAAACUUAUCAACAAUACCUACUUACGUCAACUCAACGUUCCAAAAAACAGAGAACUCACUACGGAACCCUCCUAAAGUGAUCUGUUACGUGAUUGCCAACUUUUAAUUUUGCCUACAUUUCGAAGAGUUAGUAUAAGUAUGUUUACUUUGGCUACUUUUCAACUCAUCUACACUGGAUAGUUACAUUUCGCCAACUUUAUGUCAUUUAACUUUAUUUUUCCUUAUUUGCCAAUGUUGCUCGUUUUUCAAGUUAUAAGUACGUAAAUAAAAUUU